UCUUCACCUCUUUUUCUCCAUUCAUCACCCCAGAAAAAUACAACAAAAAAAUUUACUUCAUCCCGCGGAGUUUGCGCGAGAUAAAAACCAAAACAUUCGGAUUUUCCACGAAUAAAUAAUCGAGUUAUGGUGGAUACAAUUGUUGGGGCCGUUUCAUCACGCACCGGAAGUCACUUAGCCAUAUCGUAAUCGUGAGAAAAAAUAAUUGAGCCUCGUCUUGAGCACUGUUUCCACCGUUGAUUUCGGGCAGAUCAAUCGCUCUGAAAACUGAAAAUAAAAAUCGAAUUCACACAAUGGCGACCACUGUGCCUUCACGAUUCGCUGUUCUUGCUCUCGAUGACGAUGACCCCAAGCCCAAGAGGAGCCAAAAGUCAUCGAGCAAUGUCAAGAGUGAUGUCAAGAGGAAAAAUGACAAGCCCAAGGGACAGAGCCAGGGCCCCAAGAAGGACGAGAAAAAUAAGAAGAGCAAAUCUAAGAAGAAGAGGGGAAACCAGGAGACUCAGCAGUGGGAGCAGUGGAAGGAGAAGGACACUAUGGCUGUAGAGGAAGCUUACAAGCAGGAGCUCCACGAAGCCCUGAUCCUAUCAAAACUGGCCUACGAGACACAGAUAGAGAAUGUUAUCAAGGAUGCAGAUGUAACGAAGAAGUCUGGCGGGAAGAAGUCGAAGAAAUCCACAAUGUCUCUUGAGGAAUUCAAUAAUAUGGGGAGCAAUGAAGCUACAGGGACUGCUAAUCAUCAGGAUUCCAAGCCAUUCAAACAUAAAACUGAAUCAGAUGCAGAAUUCUUCGAGAGAAUGGACAAAGAGACUAAAGAGGAGAUUAUCAAAUGCAAAGAGAGAGACAUGUUGAAGAAACGGUUGAACACUCUGGAUAAUGACAUAACGUCUGCACAGUUGAAAGUCGAGGUUGAAAAGAGGAACGAACAGAUUCUGGAGCUCAAGGAUGAGGUGGAGACACUCAAAGCUGAAUUGUCACAGGUCAAGGAGAGGAAUAAGAAGCUUUAUCAGAUUCUAUCACUUGGGGAGAUGAAAGAUAAAGCUACAGUUCUAGCUGAAGUUGCUAAGCUCCAGGAAAUUCGGGACGAAUUGACGUCUGAGGUGCAGUCUCUUCAUGCACAAUUGGAACAGGAACGUUCGAAAACUAGGGCCUCAAGUACUGAAGUUAAAUCUACCAAGCAAACAAAUAAGAAGAGACCAGCCAGUGAGAAUGCCUAAAAGCCUUCACACCCCUCGAUAAAAUCGAAUAAACCAACUGGAACAGGCUCUCUUCACCGAAAAGUCCAGUCUUCGAAGCAUGAGUAUUUAUUUUCUAUUCUCAUUUCUUAAUACUUCGUUAAUUUCGCACUGUUAUUACUGUUCAUUACUAUUAUUAUUGUUAUUAUUAUUUUCAUUUGUGUGUUUUGAAAACACCAUCCACAAAAUGUGAUUUAAUUUCGUUACUGCUUCCUUCAACGUACUAAUACGAUCCACUGUGACUGAUUAUAAUUAAUUGAUAAAUGAGAAAGUAGGAUUAGUGGAAUAUAUUAAGAGGAUUUAGUUCGUGAAUAUUCAGUACUAUGUAAUGCAGCUCUUUAAAUAUUUUGUAAUAAAUAUAUAUUCUAUGCAUUA